AGUCAGUGAGUUCGCAUGGAGAAAGGAGCGCGAGAGGAAAUUCCUGCGCCAUUGGGCGAGGUGAGGAGCUUCUGACAGGCUUGCACUUACAGACACACUGCAUGAUGGCACUGAGAAAGGUCGCUGCCUCAAUUCCGCCUUGUAUCCAGAAGCAAGGUUUUUGACACUUGAGAAUGGUGCAGAACAUGGAGAUCAACGUGUCAUCCCUGACAGACUCAGAGCAAGAUUUCAUACUAGAAGUCUUACGGCGGGAUGAGGAACUGAGAUGCUUGGAGGAGCAGCGGGUGAAGAGGCUGAAAGCUGAGUUGCUGGAAGUCAGAAGAAAGGGGGCCAAACGUGGCAGUGGAAAAUACAGUGAACGCAGCUGUGGUCGCUGCCAGGAACCUAUGGGCCUUCUGACCCGUGGCGGUAGCCAGUGCAGGGCAUGCAAACAUCACGUUUGUCGAAAAUGUCAAUCUGUUCGAUCCAACGGGUCUUGGGUGUGCACAGUGUGUGCAAAAGAGAUAGAUCUGAAGAUGAGCACUGGAGACUGGUUUUAUGACGAGAGGGUUAACCGCUUCUCUACAGCUCCUGGACACAACUUGGUCCGAGUUUCCCUCAGGAAGAGCUCUCCGAUUAAAAGGCGUGAGACAGCUGGGGAAUUGCUGUUAAACAAAACUGCCUUAAAUUCCCGCCAGGCUGUGCCUAUGCCCAAACCUAGACUGAAGGACGUCACACAAACAAACAAGAGCUCUCCUCCUGAGGUUAAUGAGGGACUUGAAGUAAGAGAGCAACAGCGUAGUGACACAGAAUCGGCAGAGAAAUCCAGUCUGAGCAGCAGCCACACUGAAUCAUCCCACAGUACCCCACUUAUGCAGAGAAAAGAGAUGACCGCUCAGAUCAGCCCGGCAGGCUCUACUGUGUCCAGACUGACAGUACCCACUAACACUAACAGCAUUUCAAGCUCCACCUCAGUCAUUGAAGCAGCCUCUUUAAUUCAUCACAUGAAUGUCUGCUCUGACUCCUUGCGUGAUGUCGAUGGGAUUUUCAAGAAAAGCAUCAGAAAAGUGCACAAACUCUCAGAUAUUAAACCAGCCUCCACACUUGAUUUGCGAAAAGAUGGAAUGGAGAGUACUGCAUCUUCUUUGAGAGACAGAAGCAAGUCAGUGCCUGGCCUUAAUGCUGAGGAGGAUGAGGAGGAGGAUGAAGAUAUUGAUAACUUGGUGAAUAUACACAGACAAAAAUUUGGUGAUAGCUGGGGAAAUCUGCAAGGCUCAAGGAGCACUCUGGGCAGUACAAUGAGUGUAUACAGUGAAGCAGGAGACUAUGACAGUGUGGAAGUGAGUGGAGAAAUCAUCUUCUCUCUCUGCUAUGAUGAUCAUAGUCAGAGCCUGACUAUCUUGGUCUGUGAGUGCCGAGGGCUGGCUUAUGUUGAUGUAGCAAAAAAGAAGUGCAAUCCAUAUGUCAAGGCUUACCUUCUCCCAGACAAAAGCAAGAAGAAAACAUCCAUCAAACUUAAAACAAUCAACCCCAGUUUUAAGGAAACCCUGAAGUAUUCUAUCAAUCGUACCCAGCUGGCAACACGUACACUACAACUCUCAGUUUGGCACUAUGAUCGUUUUGGUCGAAAUGUUUUUCUGGGUGAAGUUGAAGUGCCAUUGGAUGACUGUGACAUUGACUCUGCCCAUGAGGAGUGUAUGGCUCUUAGAGGAAAGGGAGCUACCCCGUCAGCACUAUCUCCAUUUAAUCAAUACAAAGGAGAGCUGGUGGUUUUACUUAAAUAUGUAACAGCAAAUAAUUUGGAUAAUGCUAAGGGAAAAGGGAAAAAGGCCAGACCUGAGGAUGGUGCUGAGCUGCAUGUGUUGAUCAAAGAGGCCAAAAAUCUGACUGCCAUGAAAGCUGGAGGUGUAUCUGAUUCCUUCGUGAAAGGGUAUCUGCUGCCAUCAAAGAACAAGGCUUCCUUUAAGAGGAAGACUCAGGUAGUGAAGAAGACCCUGAACCCACACUACGACCACACAUUUAUCUACAAAGAUUUGAUUCUGGAGCAGCUGAAGGAUAUGUGUCUGGAGCUCACUGUCUGGGACAGAGAGACCCUGUCCAGCAACGACUUCCUGGGAGGAGUCCGCAUCGGCUUGGGAGCAGUGACUGUGAAGGAGGGGAAGGAAGAGUGGGUGGCAGACUCGACAGGGGAGGAGAUCUCACUGUGGCAGAAGAUGAUGCAGUAUCCAGACUCUUGGGCAGAGGGCACUCUUCCACUCCGCUCGUCCAUGGGAAGGGGCAAGUAAGGACAU